GUGGCGAGCUCUGACAAGUGAUCGUUCAGCGAAUGGGAAAGUGAACCAUAAUUUACCGGACGCAGAACGUCCAACCGAGCCCGGCCAAGAUGCAAUCAUGCUCAGACAUCCGGCGGGAGUGAGAAGAGAAUGCGCCAGUUGUAGCCGAGGUUUGGAGAGAGAGCCGGAGAGAUUUGCGAAGCUAGCGUGGGCUCUGGAGACUGGCCGAGGAGGGUCAGACGAAGAUGGAGGUCGUUCUUGCUGCUGCUUGUUGGCGGUACUGGUUUGGGGUCAUGAUUGAGCCCGUCCGGCAGCACAAGCUCCGCACAUCGCAACGGUGCCUGGCUGGCGCGAGCGCAGGCUGGCUGACGGGCUGUCCCGCUGGCCGGUCGAGGCGCCCCAACGUCUCUUUUUGGCAGACUUGACGUCCACCCAAAUCCGUCGAGACAGCUGACCACAGGGGCCGGGGGAGCGGGGAAAUAGGCAGAACUGAAAAGCUCCCGGGGCAACAGCUCAGCACUCGCGCUUCUUACUCUUCCUGUUGCUGCUGCCCGGACUCUAUAAGCUCGCAUCCUAGGCCUCCGCCAGGGCAGCAUUCGGUACGAACAUCCCUCGCCUCCCGCCCCGAUCCGAGACUGCCGGUCCGUGGGGAGCUUAACAGAUUCAUUGCUCAACCUCGCAGCUCAUUUCCCUUGUGCUCCGCCUGCCGAUUGUGACAGAAACUAUCCAUCUGCCAGCGCUACCGAAGCGGACGAAGUGUAGUCUUGAGUACAAGUGUGUUCAGUGUCAGUCCAGGCGGUCGGUCGGUCGGUCAAUCACGAGCAAGUGCUCGCUCGGGCUUGGCUUUCUUGCAUUGGCGGAAGGUCCGGUGUGGAUUCGUCGUUCAAGCUGUACGAGGAGAGUGGCCGUCGAGUCCGGUGUUGCAACGGUUUUUAAUUAAUCAAUUCGAAGCGGCUCGCGAAUUCGGGCCCUUCCUCUCAGGAGCGUGCGUGCGGUUAAUCGACUACGUCGGAUGUAUUUAUUGGAUGGUUUAGCAAUGACGACAGUGCAGGGCUAUCAGUGGUGCGCAGGAGCUUAAUUUCCCCGGCCUGAAUUACUACCAUCCUGGGUCUCUAGGAGUUUCUGUGUUCAAUAAUCCCCUCCGCGCGGAAGCAUAAAUUUCGAUCAAAAUGGUGGCCGCAUCGUCGUUUAUCACUUCACUGUUGACCUCACUCCUGGUCUUCAUCGUACUAGUUUUGGUGUUCGCAUGGCUUUCGCGAAGGGCAAGCAACAAAUAUGUGUAUUAUCCAGCAUUGCUAGUUAAAGGCAGGCCCAUCCCUGAUCCCACUCAAACCCGCAGUCCAUGGGCUUGGAUGAAAGAAGCAUGGCAGGCCACCGAAGAUGAAAUUGUUGAGGUGGCUGGUCUCGAUGCUGCCAUCUACAUCAACCUCUUUACGACAGCUCUCAAGAUCAUUUUUUGGACGAGUUGCUUCUGUCUUCCAAUCUUAAUUCCCCUGGCCGUUACCGAUAAAAACAACAAACUCCAAGAACAAGAUCCUACGAAGUCCGCCAAUUUCACCGGUUUGGAUGACAUCGCCAUGGGAAAUAUCCAGGAGAAAAGUCAACGAUUGUGGGCCUUCUUAAUUGGAGGAUACUGGCUGUCGUUCGUCACUUACUACAUUUUGCGACAGACCUACAAGCAUGUGAUUGAGCUGCGUGCAAAGGAUCAGUCCGACAUAAGGGCUAAGCCUGAACAGUUCACUUGUCUCGUCAGAGAUAUACCUCCUCUAUUGAAGAACGAGACUAGGAGUGAGCAAGUCGACACAUUCUUCAGACAAGUUCAUCCUGACACAUACGAAAAGACUUUACUCGUCACUAAGCUUGACAAGGCGUCAAAAUUGUGGACGGAGGUGGAGACUGCCAAGAACAAAUUAGCACAUGCUGAAGCUGUUUUUGAACAAUCCAAAACCAAAGAAGCCCCCGAAGGAGAGCGACCCAUGCACAAGACUGGAAAGUUUGGUUUGUAUGGGCCUAAAGUUGACUCUAUCAAUCACUGGAACGAACAGAUUAAAGAGCUGACUCCAAAGUUGCAAGAAGAGCAGAAGCGUACUGUUAGUGAGGAACAGCAAGGAGCAGCUAUAGUGUUUUUCAACAGCAGACGCGCUGCUGCUGAGGCAGCCCAAGAACGCCAUUCCGCAUUUUCGGAUAGAUGGGAAGUACUUCCAGCACCAGAACCCCGAGCAGUUGUUUGGGACAACAUGCACGUCAGAUUUUAUCAGCGGUUGGUGCGAGAGAAAGUUGUAUAUGUGAUCACAUUCUUCACCAUAGUCUUCUACAUGAUCCCAAUUGCCAUCAUUGCCUCAUUCACUACUCUGGACAACCUCACGAAGAUCCUCCCAUUUAUCAAAUCGAUUGUUAAUAUUCCUGCUCUCAAAACCGUCAUCCAAGCGUACCUGCCUCAGAUUGCCCUUAUCGUUUUCCUCGCUUUAUUGCCAAAGCUUCUCUUGGCUCUUUCCAAGGCGGAAGGUAUUAUAUCACAGGAUCACUUGGUUCGUGCCGCAUGCGGAAAAAUGUACUACUUUGUAGUCUUCAAUGUGUUUCUUGGUUUCACGAUCUUCGGAACGCUUUUUCAGAGUGCGGACAGUAUCGACCAACUCAGGUCUUCUGGUCAGUUCAGUUUCAAUUCCAUCGUCGAGUUGUUUGGCGCUAGUCUUCCUCCAAAUGCAACAUACUUCAUCACAUUCGUGGCACUCAAGUUUUUCAUCGGUUACGGAUUGGAAAUUUCUCGAUUGAUCCCGCUCGUCGUUUUUCACCUGAAAAAGAGAUAUUUGUGCAAGACCGAGAAGGAGCUUGCAGAUGCAUGGAACCCAGGCUCCUUCAGCUACUUGCCAUCCGUGCCUAAUGAUCUCUUGAUCAUCACCAUAACGAUGGCUUACGCUGUGAUCGCUCCACUAAUCCUUCCAUUUGCUUUCGCCUACUUCGGCAUCGGGUGGUUUGUCCAGCGCAAUCAGGCUCUCAAGGUGUACAUUCCCGAAUUUGAAAGUGGUGGUCGGAUGUGGCCUCACAUUCACUCCCGUAUCUUGGUCGGUUUAUUUGUGUCGCAAAUCACCAUGCUAGGGUAUUUCAGUGUGAAAAAAUUCGCUUUUGUUGUGCUCCUACUUCCUCUUCCCUUCCUUACCAUCCUCUUCUCCAACAUCUGCCACAAAGUAUACUACCCAUCGUUCCAGGUUGUUGCCAUCGAGGUUGCUAGUGAGGAGGUGAAGGAGGUACCCACACUCACUUCUGUUGUAGAUGCCUUUACACCUACCUGCCUUCUGAUAGCCAGUGAAGUCAACGACAAUGACAAGUACGAGGAUGCGAACUUCCAGGACGCUGAAUCUCAACUGCCCUCUAGAACAUCAUCUGGUAUCGCUUCACCGGCGGAUCUACCAGCAGCAGCAGCCGCAGCCGGAAUUGGCGUGUAAGAAUAUAAGCAAAAUUAUUGUUUAAUUUUUUAUACAUUGAAGAAUCGUCACGCUCCCAGAUCCUUCAGUAACAUAUGCACCAAGAGUUCAGUUCGCGAGAUCUUUCAGGCCUGUCGCGUUGCCCCAAGGAAGUGCUCCUCUUUGUUCCACUCUCUAGUUUUGUUGGUAAUCAGCAACAACAGUUUGGCCGUUGUUCGUUGGGUUGAGAAGGAGGAAGACAAGUUACACGACAAUGCAUGGCAAUAGGGGACUUCAACACGUUUGGUUAUACACAACUGUCAAUACCCCUGCUCUGGCUUGUGAGGAUGAGGCGAAUGUGAAGAUGGAUAGAGCAUGAACAUAUUGACAAUUGAGAAGAAUUAGUUAGUCACCCGCAGAAGUUGACCGUGCGGUCCACAUAGUCUGGAGGUGAAAUAGAGAAAUAGUGGAAACGUCCUCAAUUUGUAGCAGUUUCAAUAUUGAUGAUUCUCGUUCAACAUACAACGUUGGGGGAUGAGGAAUGAGAGAAUAAUUUUCAUUCCUGACCUCUGUUGUACAGCUAUUGAUUUAAUAGUGGUCAAUAUUGCUUUUGGGGACAUGUUGUAGCGGUUAGUGUACAUGUAUCUGAUGUAAGUGGCUGCAAGUUUAAUGCUCCGUUGUCAAUUUCAUACAGUCAAUAUAUACGACGUCUUUACAGCUCUUCGCUGUUUGAG